GAACCUUAACCGAAAUUCUUCAGCCGUCUUCUCAGGUUUAGGGUUUUAGCUCCUCACAUUUUCGAUUUCCUGAUUCAAAUCCUUAGAUCAAUUUGAUUAACCCCAUCUCCUGAAGAAAUCCACCAAAUGCAAAGCCUGUUAUUCCCUCGAGUAUUUGUGUAAAGGUGUGUAUUCUCCUUCUGCGAUGUCUCAGUCACUGAUUCGAGCAAUCUCAGCUCGGAAGAAUCAAUUGGGUCUCGGGUUCUUCUAUAGAUGUACUUAUUCUCGGAAAUUUCAUUCCCAAUGGCAGAUCAUUUCUCCCAAUUCAUCUUCAGGAAGUAUUCUAACCGAUUUUAGACGGUUUUCCGGUAAUUUGAUCCCGGAGUUGAAUCACACUUACUUGGCUCGACCCACAAAUGGAUUCUGCUCGGUCUCUUUGAACGGAGUAGUGGAAUCGAAUCAUGGCUCUGACGGAGAAAUCAUCGAUAUUGAGGAUGGUUCUUGCGAGAGCUUUUUAAAUGUUGAACCUUUGGAUAAGAAGCCAAAAGUUGUUUACAAGAAACCGAUCGACUUCACCAAAAUCGAUGCUAAGCUAUUACCCACCGUGAUGAUCAUUGGCCGGCCAAAUGUUGGAAAGUCUGCCUUGUAUAACCGAUUGAUUCGGAGGAGGGAGGCUCUGGUUUACAACACUCCUGAUGAUCAUGUCACACGGGAUAUAAGAGAAGGGAUUGCGAAAUUAGGUGACUUGAGGUUCAACGUGUUGGACUCUGCUGGUAUUGAGACUGAGGUUUCUUCUGGUACUAUUCUUGGUAGAACCACAUCAAUGACGGCUAAUGUGCUUUCAAGGACUCAGUUUGCGAUUCUUAUCAUCGAUGUCAGGGCGGGUUUGCAUCCAUUGGAUUUAGAAGUUGGUAAAUGGCUGAGAAAGCAUGCUCCACAGAUUAAGCCCAUAGUAGUAAUGAACAAGUCGGAAUCAAUCGGUGAGACUCUUGCUGAAGUUUCUUCAGAGGCUCUUGCGCUUGGAUUUGGUGAGCCUACUGCUAUAUCAGCUGAGACUGGACUUGGUAUGACAGCACUUUAUGAAGUUCUCCAUCCUCUGCUAGAGGAUUACAUGGUCGAGUCCUUAAACGAUAGAUGCAGUCAAGAUGAUGUUCCAAGUGAUGAGAAUCUCUCUGAUGAAGUCGAGGAGUCGAAGUUGCCGUUGCAGUUAGCUCUUGUGGGUAGGCCUAAUGUUGGGAAAUCAACUUUGCUCAAUGCGUUGUUGGAAGAAGAGCGUGUGUUGGUUGGUCCAGAAGCUGGUCUCACUAGAGAUGCUGUAAGAGUGCAGUUCGAGUUUCAGGGUAGGACCGUCUAUAUGGUCGAUACUGCUGGGUGGUUGGAGAGAACAGAGCGAGACAAAGGACCAGCGUCUUUGAGUAUCAUGCAAUCAAGAAAGAGUCUGAUGCGUGCACAUGUUGUCGCUUUAGUUCUCGAUGCUGAAGAGAUCAUAAAAUCUCAACGAACUAUGACACAUUCAGAAGUAGUUAUAGCUAGACGCGCCGUAGAAGAAGGACGAGGUCUAGUCGUAAUCGUCAACAAAAUGGAUUGUCUAAGAGGGAAACAGAACUCAGAGAUGUACAAGAAAAUCAAAGAAGCUGUUCCCAUUGAAGUUCAGACAGUUAUUCCUCAGAUAACAGGAAUCCCGGUUGUGUUCAUCUCUGCAUUAGAGGGAAGAGGACGUUUACAAGUAAUGAACGAAGUCAUUGGCACAUACAAGAGAUGGUGUUCAAGGCUUUCCACUGGUCGACUCAACCGCUGGUUAAUCAAGGUAAUGAGCCGACAUUCAUGGAAAGACUCGGCUUCGCAGCUAAGGAUCAAGUUUUUCACUCAGGUGAAAGCUCGGCCGCCGACUUUUGUAGCGUUUGUGGCCGGUAAAAAGCAGUUGCUGGAAAGCGAGAUAAGGUUCUUGACAAAAUCAUUGAAAGAUGACUUUGAUUUAGGAGGGACUCCUAUUCGAAUCAUACAGCGGUCUGUUCUUCGGAAUUCCCCUGGUAAAACCGGCGGUGGUGGAAGCGGAAGCGGAAGCCGGUCUGGUGGUCGAGUGGUGCAAAGAAACACCUCGGACAAACGGACCGUUUCGGUUUAAGAAAGCCAUUACAAGUGAAGAAACAGUUGUUACAUUAACUAGUUUUGUUGUUUUCGGUGUUCUGUAUCCUGUUUUGUACACAAUCCUACUUAUAUAUGUCUUAUUCCUCUAAGCCUUGUUUCAACUCAAAUCUGAGAUUAAUAAGAUCAAAUUCUUAUCUCCUUAUUAUAGAAAUUUGGAUAGUUACACACGUAAAAAGUGUUGUUGCAAAAUAGCCAAG